AUGGUGUACGAUUCGUUGACUGAUAUCCCUCGCAACCUCAAGGAGGGUAUUGACUGGUUGAUUGCCUUGAGGGGAACCCAUGCUGGAAACAACUUUAAGGCUAUGGGCGCCGCAGUUUACAACUUUCUCGCAGACAAGCCUGUUGGCUUCACGGAGGUGCCAGCUCUCGAGGAAGUGAAAGUUAUUACUAAGGAGUUCCUGGAGCAAGAGGAGCUUAAGGAUCUGUGGCCAGCAAACGCGAUGCUGACGAGAUUCGAUAGGCCUGUUGAUAAAAAUCCCCCUGCGCUCGCUAAGUUUUUUAAAUCGGUCAACAGGAACCAAUAUACAAACGUCGUUAAGGAUGGGGGUAUCACCUCUAAAACCAUCGCAGAUACGUUAGCUAAAUCUGUGUUUGGUUUUGAGAAGUUCUUGAAAGGUAUAAAAGACCCUGGGCAGUAUAAGUCUGCUUACAGUUCGGAAGCGACGUGGGAUGCAUCAUGCGCGAAGAACCCGGAAGAUUGCGCAGCAGUAUUCGUGGGGAUUGCGCCGAUGCUAUACGCAGGGCUGUAUUCUUUGAUAGAUGCGAGCUAUAAGGACUGGAUGGAUUGGCUGAAGUGUAAUAAGAGGAAUAUUAAUUUGGGGAAUCUAUUGAAAGCCGUUGGUUACGUGGUGCCGGAACGCCGUGAUGAAUUGAGUGAUUCGGAUGUACGCACCGCGUUAAGCGGGGUUAGUUCACAUAUAUUGGAGACGUUAUACGACCUCUCUGGAUUCUGGGCCUUCUAUUAA